AUGUCUUGUAUACCUUCCCCUGUCCCUCAACCAUCUUUGAUUACAGCCAAACCAAGGGCAUCACCGCUCUCGGCUGGCCACCGGAUAGCCCGUCCAGUAUCCACCCGUCCGACUCGCAUUCCUAUCAAGCCAGCCAACCAUGCCAGACUAUCCAGUACAACCUCAAACAUUACCGGAAGACCAACCCUUUUACCAGUUCCCGUCAAACACUUUCUCUCCAGAACCCCUUCCCCCUCCAUCCCAAAGCCAAAACCACCAACAUUAAUACCCUCAAAAUCACGGGUCCCGACCAGUAUAGUUCAUGCAGCCCCAAAGCCCGCCACAACAACACCACCCAUCAAUACUAAUACUACUCUUAAUAACACUGCUGUAAACACAAACACAAACACAAACACAAAUGCAAAUGCAAAUCAAAAUCCAACUACAACUACAAAUCAAACUACUCCUACUAGCGCUAUUAAUACUAUCGGACGCCCGGCAGUUCAAAAACGAGUACCUUCUUCUAUUGCCCAAAUUAAAGAUAGUCUUGAGAAAGAACGUCAAAAGAACGAUGAACAGCGUCAAUGUAUCGAACAACAGGCAGCUCAGAUCAACCAAUUAACAACCCAGUUAAAAACUCACAAGGAUCAACACAAUUACACACUAGAAGUCGUAACUCAAUUACGCCAAGAACUAGAGGCCCAAAAAGAGUUGCAGCGACAGCUGCGGACUGAGAAAGAAACUCUUGAACGUACCCAAAAGGAAUCUCUGGACCGAAUCUCAUUGGUCCAUCAGUUACAGCUAGAAAGAGUGCGUGAAGAAGAAAGACUCAAACACCAGGCACCAAAGCAACCAGAAGAGUUACGGGCCCCUCCAACUCCCCCAAAACACACAGUCGAACAAGACCAUAAAAAACUAGAAGCCACAAUGAACGAUGCAAUCGAACGAUUAUUAAACGAAGUCGAACAAAUCGAACACACCCAUCGUGUCUCACCUACCAAUAUUCCAAUCUCUCCUCACAAUCCAGUCCGUCACGGCUCCCGUGCCUCAUCCAUGUCCUCAAUCUCAUCUUCUGGGGCCCUAACAUCCCCGGGCUCGGAAAAGGGAAGUCGAGGUGGAUUGGCAGACAGCUGGAAUGCCAGAUUUGCACCAACCCAAGCCGUGUCCUGGCCAGCACCCCAGCCCUUGACUAUCCUCAAAAAGGCACCUGUUAAUCCACAACCUGUAUAUGUCACCAAGAGUCUGGUGAAACAAAACAUCGAUUUACUUAAUGGUAUCAAUGUCAUCAAAAAUAAUUCUGGUCAUAUUGAUGAAGAUGAAGAAGCAUUGUUGCGUGAGGUUGAAACCGAAAUCAAUAGUGGCAAGGUUUCUUCUUUGAUUAACAUAGAUGAUCUUUAA